GACGGGUGUAGGGUAAAGCCUGGGUAUCCGAACGUACGCGACAAUGCAACCAAGCUCAGUAGUGUAUUGAGCUUUGCGCGGAGCACUAGUAGCUUCGGUGUUGGGACAGAGUGAACGCGUGAGUUCCACAUUGUUUGUGCGACGUUCGUUAUUAUUGCAUUAUUACACAGUGUUGUGCUGAAGUUUUAUAAUUAUAAACAUGGCAGUGCCGUUCAACAUGCCCGAGGACCACAACGAGGUGGAUGUGUACAUCAAUCAGCUUCAGUCGCUUUUAACGCAGCUUCAGAUCGCUGUCAGACAAUCCAGAGGAAUCAACCCUCCGGUCCUGUUCUCUUCUGCUGUCACUAGAGUGCGCAACGUAUCGGCGAACCGUCGGAUUGUCGUCGAGGAAACCGAUGGACAUGACGCUCUAACGGCCGACGAAUCGGCCAACAAUCUGGAAUGGUUGUCUUCCAUGAUCCAGGAGAACAUCCAGGAGUCCGGCGCGCGGUCCAACAGCAGGUUCUGCGAUUGCGACGAGACCAAAAUCAACAUCACGACGAUCGUGAACGCGGGAUCCGGACAAGAUUGGGCGCAAAUCGGCGUUGCGUUGCGCAAAAUAGCCGACGAUUUGACUCCAGUUAUAACGCGAGAGGACUUUCUGUCUCCGUCGCGGUCAAAAGAGAGCCUGCUUUCAAAGCUACCCGACACCAUUACCUGUUCAAUUUGGACCGCGAUGUUGGGCUGCGUUGGUUGGCACAUAUUUCGGGCCCGGUAAUGGGCCUACAACGUAAGACCACCAAAGUUAUUGAAAGUGAUCGAACAAAAUAUAUAAAUAUAAAUAUAUGUAAAGUGUAAAUUAAGGGUCGCUUAACUAAACUAACGGAUCUCAUUUGAGUUAGUUUG